AUGGGCUAUGGGGGAUUUAUUUUCACAGCGCUGUUGUCGCUUGUUAUUUUGGUGGCAACGUCCAUCUUUCUGCUUCGUGACAGACUGCUGCGCUGGGCAGCCCACAGCGCCGGCCUGUCCGAGUACGGCGCAGACCAGCUGACGUGGCGUGGCUGCAAGCGGCUGCGACUCGUCUUACGAAAGGGCCCCGUGAAAUGCAUCCAGCUGGAGUCCGGCGAGCUGCAUUUGCCGGCUGCGGGCAGCAGCACCGCCCGCGCGCUCUGGCUGGUGCUGCGGCUGGUGCUGGCGGCGGCUGUAGGCGGCGACUGGGCGAAACCUGGGCGGCGUCCCCUGGUGCUGCUGCGGCUACAGGGUCUCGAAGUGCAGCUCCGAGCCGGGAAGUCGCCGCUCAGAAGUACCGACGGGGGCCGUGAUGGUGCUGGCGGCUAUGGGAGAGGGAGCGGCGGCGGCGGCGGCGGCAGUAGCACUGUGGGUAUUGCGGCUGCGUUGAGACGGCCUUCAUCAGAUAGCGGCAGCAGCAGCAGCCACGGGCGGAGUCCCCGGAUCUCUAGCAGCAGCGGCGUUGACGGUAGCGGCGAUGGUACGGCAGGUCGGCGCCACGGCCGCGGCCGUGGCGGCGGCAAAGGCCGUGGCAGUGGUGCCGUGGCGCUGCCUGCGCCGCUGCUGCGGGUGCUGCCGCUGCUACGAUUGGAGCUGAAUGGAGGGAGCGUCCGUGCCGAGGUGGGCCCGAACGACCCACGGGUCAUGACUCGCGUGGCCGCCGCCGCCGCCGCCGCCGCCGCAGCUGACGCCGGGAUCGGGAUCGCGGCGGGCGGCGAUGCCGGCACUAGGGCCGUACCGGUGCCGUACAUGCGGCAGAGUGGCACCGUCACCGUCAGCGGCGGUCCUGGCGGGUCAGGAGUACCGCAGCCGCAGCCGAGGACGGCGGGCGCCACCCCUGUCCCCGUCACGGGUGUUGCGAAUGGAUCCGGCUUAUCGAGGGGGAUCACCCCGGGGACGGCUCAGCCCCAGCCGGCCAUUCCUGUCCAGCGGGUGAUCCCCGCGACCACCGUAUCAGUGAACCUCACUGGGGUGGAGUUCGUCGUGAGGCGGCCGGAAGCGCCGGCGGCUGUAGCCGCCACUGCGACUGAGAUUACCGCCGACGCCGCGGCGGCGGCGGCGGCAGCUGUCCAAGCCGCGGGCGCGUCGUCGCCUGCGCCUGCGGUGGGGGCAACGGCUGUGACGGCAGCUUCUGCGGCGCUGGUGUCGGGACGUUGCGGCGGAGUUGGGGUCACUGCCACAUUCGGUGGGCGAGGGGGAAGUGGUUCGUCGUACGCACCCGGUGACAGGACGGACCCCAGGCCCGGGAGGCUGCGGGAGGUGGUGGCGGACGUCAAGGAGAUCCACGUGGACGGCCGUACGGUCGCUCCUGCCGGCGGGCAUGGCACCAGCGACGAAGGCCCUGAAGUCACCGCCGCCGCCGCCGCCGCGGCGGCGGUGGCGAAUAGCCCGCUGGCGACCGCUUUGGUGGCGUUGCUAACCUCCUCCAUUGCCACCGACAGAUCAUUUUUGAAGACGAGAAGGGAAAAGGAGGGAGGAAGCAAAACAGCUGUGGGGGAGAAGCCGGGGGCGCCAGGCGGUCAUUCGUUGGAUUCGCGUUUGGAUCUCGAUCUGGAUCUAGCGGAUCGCGUGGCGGCGUGGAUUCGAGGGACACACUGUGUUCUUCCAGAUCAGGUGUCUUUACGCUUCGCCGGUUUACGCGCUGCCGCCACUGUUACUGCCGCCACCAUCGCCGCGGCGGAGGCGGAGGCGGAGGCCCAACCCGUGGCGCGUGUCAAUUGCGGCCGCCGGGGGGGAAACUCGGCGUCAGCUUUAGUCACCGCCGCCGCCGCCGCCACCGCCGCCGCCACAACGACUGCGGCGACCCUGCAGCUGGCUUUAGGUGCAAGUCGUGUCGACAUCACGACAGUCACAGGCGGUGGCGGCCAAGGCGUCGGCGACGCCGGCGGCGGCACGGGCGAGCAGCCCUGCCGUGCCAACGCCACAACCUUAUUGGACGUUUCCGUACAGCUGGGACCCGUCGCGGCGCUGGCGUCCGCCGGCGGCCCCGCAACAUCGGCGGCGGCGGCGCCGCUGUACUUCGGCAUGCAGCAUUUCAGCAUAAGGGGGCGUACGGUCGUAGCGCCGCCGCCGCCGCCGCCGCAGCAGCAGCAGCCAGGGCACGGUGGCAACGGCAGUCGUGAAGUACCAAGGAGGUCGUACUACAGCAUAAUGAUUGACGUGGAUUUGCCGGCCACUGUACUGCAGAUACGGCCGCAAAUGCUGCUGCCGAGCAUGAAUGCGUGUAUUGCCGGCGACGGCGGAGAGGUUUCGCGGUCAGGUCACUCCCUGGGGCAUUCACCGCUACAACCGCCGCAGCCCAGCUGCUACAGCCUGCUGCUACGCGGCAUAACCACGAAAGCGAUCUGCGGCUUUUCGGCUAUGGAAGCGGAUGUGCCGUCCGUACCUCCUGCAGUGUACGACAGCACUGGCUGUGGCGGCGGCCUGCAAGACGUGUCAUUCAAGUCCAGCUUAGCCAUGUUGACAGCGCCGCUGGGGCUUCGGCGCCAGAUGCAGAUAAAGGGAGGGCGGUCAGCGGAUCCCGGGGGGAUGCAAGCGCUGGCGGCAGCGGCUGUCGCCGCUGCCGUCAGCGGCGCUGAAACACCGGUUUCGGCUGGCAGCUCGGAAGGCGGCGAUGGCAGCGUGGCGGCGGUGCGGCCGCCGUCGGCGCCGCUGCCGGCGGUGCCCGAGGCGCCCGAGUCAAGCGGUCUUCCGUCGGGCCCGGUGCAUGAGCGGAGCCUCGCCGCGGCGGCGCUUCCCGAGGUUGCGGGUUCCGGCUCGGGGGCGUUCGCUGACCUUGCGCCGUUACCUGAGGGUUCUGCUGCGGCGGCGCCGAAUGUAACGGCGUGGGAGCCGCCACCAGCUGCGUCUGCUGUCAACGCGGACAAGACGCAGGACGUCGCCUGCGCUGAGACCGCGCCGCCGCCGCCGUCACCGCCGCCGCCGGCUGCUGCCUCUGGGGCGGUACCGCCAGCGGCGGCAGCGGUGGAUGCCGGAAAUUACGGCCUCGGAGUAGGGCCAACAACCGGAAGAUCAUCGGCAUCAACGGUGGCGGCGAUCAGCAGCGCCGGGAAGUCGGCUGGCGCCGACGUGACGGCCUCGCUGUUGCUGGUGCUCCAGGGGCUGGAGCUGUACGGCAGUGGGAGCUGCAGUACUUCCACGGCAACGACGUCGGACUCGGGCUUGGGCUCGGGCGAGGCCAUGCCAACCGUCGUGGCGGCUACCGUUGCCACCGCUCCUGCCUUUGGUGCGGCUGGAGUCGCGGCACAAGUGCCCGGUGGGCGGUACGACAUCGUACUUUUGCAGCGCACAACGCUUAAUGUGGGCGGGUCCGCCGCCCCGGCCGUCGCUCAGAGGCAAUCCAACGCCGCAAACCCGAGCGCUUCGCCCACGGUUACCCAAGCUGUUGCCGUUACAGACGUGGCUGUUGCCUUGGGCCGCCUUGAUGUCGUACUUGACCCUUGGCAGUUGACACCGUUGGUGAGGCUGUCAGCUCACGCGAAGGCGGCGGCUGCGGUGGCCUCCCGGGCAGCAGCCGCGGCAAAGGCGGCGGCUACAGCCGCCGCCGCCGCCGCCGCUUCGGCGGCGGCGCAGGCCAGGGCGGCUGCCGCCGGCGCAGCAGGCGAAAGCUCCAGCGGCGGCGCUCUGCUACAGGAGCCUAUGCUGUCAGCGGCGGCGUUCACCUUUCCCGCUGAUGUCCUGUCACCGGAGCUGUUGCCUGGGCUUUCGAUGGCAGGUGAUGCUGCUGCCCCGGCUGUCAGCGGCGACGGAGGCGGCGGAGGAUGUGCUGUUGACGACGGGCGCCGCCGUCGCCGUGAAGGGAAAAGACCGAGGCUGCCCGCGUGGGUGAGGGUCCGCAGCGUCACGAUAGACUCCUCGACUGGCAUCCGUCUGUCACUUCAUGCCGAAGUGCCCCUGGACGCUUCCUUCCGUAACGGGGUGACUGAGACGUCGGCAUCGGCCGCCGCCGGCGCAGCCGUCGUACCCACGACGCUGGAGACGACCGUUGAGUCGGUGAAUGUGGCUGCAUGGCCUAACGGCGGCGGCGGCGGCUCCGCCGCCGCCGCUGCUACAGCCAAUGCCGCUGCCGACUCGUUAGUGGUUGAGACCUCCAUCGUUGGGUUGUCCAUGGCAGCUGUGCGGGCGGCGCCGGUGCCGGCGCCUACUGAUCUGAAAGCCGACCGGCAUCAGGUUCUCCGAGUCAACAGGGCUAAGCUCCUCGCCAUGAUGCCGGUGGCGGCGGCGGCCAGUGGAGCAGCUAACCUGUCCACCAUGGCAGCUACUGCCGCCGCCGGGGCGCCUGUGCUACUGCCUGCUUCGCGCUCUCGUGACGACGGUGGUGGUAAUGGAAAUGGUAAUGGUGGUGAUGGAGCCCCAUCCUUCCCUGGGGUAGGAGCCGCCACUGAGUCCGCAUUCGCUGGCACCGCCGGCGGCAAUGCGCAGGGCCGCCUUGUGCGGGUGGAGGUGACCGGGACCCGUGGGUCGGUUGACGUGGACCUGGCACUGGCGGGUCUUGCGGCGACCCAGGCGUUGGCUGACGUGGCAGUUGCCGCGCGGCGGGAGCUGGGGCCUGUGCUGGUGGGGGGGGACGGUUGCGGCGGCGGCGGCGCCGCUGCCGCCUCCGCUACCACUCCAUCCAGCGGCAUGGACCGGCUCCUUCCACGCGACCAGUCCACCCGCAGCAGAAGUCGGCCGAAGCAGCUGGUGGUGGUGGAGGUUCGAGCGACCGAUACGGAGCUCAACGUGGCUCUGGGUGCCGCUGAGGUGGUGACGGUGGCGGCGGUGGAGGCGCGAGCCAGCAGCGGUCUGGCGGCGGCGGCCGUGGAGGCGCUGGCUGUGAGGGUGAAUGGCAGAAGACUGCUUGACGUGGACUACCUUACCGCUGGCGCUGCGGAGCCGUUCGCGUCGUCACCACCUGCCCUGACGCCAAUGACAGCUGGCGAGCCGGUCUUCACAGCAGCCCCCCCGCAGCCGCCACAGGCGGCUCCUGCAGGGAAGAAGGGUUCACCUGUGGGCCUCCGUACAGCCGGCGGCGGCGGCGCUGGCGUAAGUAGCCGUCACCUCAGCCGUGGGUCAGUGGACAUGGAGGACCUGAGCGGUGAGGCCCUGCAGCUGCCGCCGCCGCCGCCGCCGCCGCAGCAGCAGCAGCAACCCCACCGCCGGACACACCGUCGACACGGCAGUUGUCCUGCUGUCUCCGGCUCCGGCAACCCCCUGUCGGCGGCGGCGCUGGCGUCGAUUCAUGUCGUGGGUACGGCAGCGGCGCCGCCGCCACCGCAGCCGCCGCCGCGCCCAGCGACAGCGGCGCUGCAGCCUUGGACGUCGCUUGGGCGACCGCCGGCGAAGGCAGCGGCGGCCAUGGGCGGAUCGGCUACUGCCGCUACGGCCGCAACGGGCAAGCGAUCUGCCUCACCCGCCGCUGCAGCUAUCAAGCAGGGCGCUGUACCUCAAUGUACGGUGAAUGAGGCCCGGAGGCGUGCGGCCCGAGAGCGCUUUGACCCGACAAAAGAGGACGGCGGCGGCGGCGGCGGCGGCGGGGCAGGUGAUGGUGGCGGCGCCAGUGUACCCCAGCCGAAGCGAGCGGUGUCCGUGGACGUGGCGCUGUACGGCGCGACGUUGACAGUUUCGUACGACGAAUCAGCGGCGCGCGUGUAUGUGGUGGUGGAGAUCUGGUCGCGGGCUGUGAAGCAAGUCCUGGGUCCCCGCAUUGCGCAACUGAGGGAGACGCUCCGAAACCUAACCCCGAGGAACCUUAAGGGGCCAGGCACCGACGGUACGGCCUCUGUGGCCGGUAUUGGUCUGGUCCGUGCCGACGCCGACACCGGCGGCAGCAGCGGCAGCGGCAGCGGGUCAGCCCCCGGCUGUACGGGUGCAGAUGGCGCCGCCGCCGGUCGCGACGGCGGCGCGGCAGAUAUUGUUCGCCGGCCAGAUAAGGCCUUUGUGGAGAUCCUGUUGGACGCCAGGCGGUUGGCGGUUGUAGUUGAGCAUCAACCGUUGGAAGCGUGGCUGGCCUUGCACGGAAAUGCGCUGCGGGCCACCGCAACGCAGCGGAACCUUUACGACAGGCUGAUGAGGGGCCAUGUGGGCUCCUGCGCGGCGAGAGGCCGGCGAGACGUCGUCGCCGCAGUGGCGGGAGCCAGUGCCGCCGCCGUCGCGGAGGCAGCCGCUGGAGGGGACGUCGGUAGCGGCGAGGGGGUGCAGGAUGAGUGGGCGCAGGCCGCCGUCAUGGUGGCCCCUCCGGGAUGUAACCGAGGUCGCGAGGUGGCGGAGGCGGUGAUCCGCCGAGUGGACUCCCCCGCCAGCGAGGGCGUCAUGUUUGAGCGGGUGGUGGCGGUGUCGCUGGCGGCAGCGGCGUCGGAUCUGCAGGUUACAGCCGCUGCGUUGUACGGCACCCCACCCCACCGCAGUUUCCUACUCGAUGCGGCCAAUGUACGGUGUCCGUCAGCGCCCGUGGUCUCGAGGGGGCCGGCCUGUCUAGCUGGUUGCGGCGGGCCCUCCUCCCCCGCACUGACCUGCGGCCAGGCGGCAGUCUCCGGGUGGAUCAUCCGGGCGAGGCAGCUGGCGGCACCGCCGCGUUCAGCCGUCGCGAAGUGGCCCGUGGGUCGCUACCUCUCGGCCCCCGUGGCCACACCGCUGCGGUUCUGCCGGCCCAACAUGAAGACCUACACCGACCUGCGCGUCGAGAUGGAUGCUGUUUCAGCCGCGUUCGGUACUGCUAUGGAGCCCGUACUCGCACAGCUGGCAAAGGCGUUCAAGCAGCGGGUGGUACCGCCUCAGCCACAGCUGCUGCAACCCAGCGGACAGUUGGCACCACAGCAACAGCCGCCUCCCUCCGGACUUCCCCCUUGGGACAAUAUCCGCUACGUGUGGAGGGGCGGCAUGAAGGUGAUGAUCCGCGGGCUGAAUGCAGUAGCAGCUGCUUCCUCCCUUGAGUUGCCCAUCACCGCUCAUGACCCGCGGGUCACUCUAUCUGCCAGCACUCUGGGCGUCAAGCUCUCCAGCGGUCAGGUGGAUCUCACGGCGACGGCGCUGUCGGUGCUGGGCUUUGCGCGUGGCCCGGGGCGGGGACCCGGCGAGCGACUGGUAACGGUGCCCCUCCUGGCGCUACCCCUGCUCAAGACCUCGCUCCACACCGCGUUCAAGCAGCGCAGCCCCACACCCUAUGCCUUCCCGCUGCUCUCAGGGCCGCUGCCAGAGGGUGCCGUACAGCUGCCUCUGUGGGCCCCCGUACCUCUGCCUAUGCACCAUCAGCAACCUCAGCAACCUCAGCAUAACGCUACCCUGGCCUUGACGCCAAGGCAGCAGCAACAGCAGCAACAGCAGCAGCAGCCUGCUGUUUCCGCGGGCGGAGUGGAGGGCAUAGCCCGGGUGUACAUCGGGGAGAUGCAGGGUGAGGGUUGUCGCUGGGUUUCGGAGGCGCAUAAACGAGGGCUGGCAAAGGGCAGCAAGGGCCUCCGAGGUGGGGUUAUUGUAGCGGUGGUGUUUUGGGAGGUCAAGUUCAUUUUGGGGCUUGUGCACGGCCUUGCCAACGGUGCACCUGUUAUGACCCGUGGGUCAUGGAAGCGCCGCACGCAUUUCGGUCCGGCUCUGUGGCCGCCGCAGCCGCCGCCGUCCGCGUCAUCUCCGCCUACUGGUGCUGCAGCGACAGCGGCGGCGAGCUCUUCCUCCAGCGCAGCCGCAGAUCGGGUUGCUGCUGCUGCUGGCGGUGCUGCUGGCGGUGGUGCUGGCGGUGGUUCCUUAGGUGGUCUCAGCCUGGGUGUCCUCCUAUCCAGAGUUGAUAUCAACCUGAGUGCUGACGUGUUCGACAUCGUGCACGACGCCCAGGACGCUGACGACCCCUCCGACCUUGUGUGUCUGAGGACCCGGAAACUGCGUUACGCCAACACGUUCAGCUACUCCCGGGCCAUCCGUACAACACCUCGGAGCAACGGCACAUCGCGAAACAAGCUCGUGGCUCGCCCCAUCAUGACCGCACUCAGUGUGGAGGCGUACGACAUCAGGAUUUUCAUACCCAGCGCUUCUGAGGCUGCUGCACCCUGCACAGGUGACCCAUGGGACGGUGCCGACCCUGCCGCCGGACCGGGAUUCGGAGCAGGACUUAUCGCGACUUGCGACUGUCUGCUGCUGCGUCAGGCGGAGCCGGAGGGCAGCAGCUCCUCUGCGGAGGCCUCGCAACCGCUGACGAUGUGGCCGUCCGCGCAGGCGGCAGGACCCCAGCCACAGCCACAGCAACCUAACCGACCCAUCCGUAUUGUUGUACAGGACGUGCAGGUGCUGUGUACGACAGACUCUCGUGAUGCCGUCAUCGCCACCACUGUCCACAUCAUCGAGGCCUUCUCACGCCUGCCCGGAUCCGCUGCCGCGCGAGCUGCCGCCGCCGCUGCCAACGCAGCCAACGCCGCGAAGGCAGCUGCCGCCGGCGGCGGUGGCAGCACCGCCGCCGGCGCCGGCGCCGCUGGCGGCGGCAGCUCUACCCUGGGCCGCCGCAUGGCAGACGUGACUGCUCCAGGGGCCCUUCCAGGGCGAGGACAGGCACGGACGUCACUGGUGCUGCCGCUGCGGACCGCGCCAUCGCAACGGCUGGACUCUGAUCCAUUGGCUGAGCCGCAGAUCGACCCACGGGUCAUUGCGGAAGAACGGGCGCUAGUGGCGCUGCUGCGGCAGCAGAACGAGGCGCGCAGGGCGGCAGCUCGGCGACGUCGGCUGGAGCGCUCCUCCGGCUCCACCAUCUCCACAGCAGCGGCCACGGAUCCGGAUCCAGCCGGCAGCUUCAACUCAGAUUCCGACGACGAGGGCGUACUGGGCGGUGGCCUAGACCCCUCCGACGCGCAAGACGUGCGGGAUGCCGAGGCCGAGACAGAGGCAGCCGUGCCGCCGGCGGCAGCUAGCGCCGCCGCAGGGCGGGCUUCGGCUGCCGUACACACGGCCGAGCAGCAGCACCCCGCCAUGCAGACGUUGUACGAGGUGGAGUUUGUCUUGGUGCAGGUGGCCCUCAUUUCCGAGUACGGCGGCAGCAGCGCCUGCCUGGCUUAUGCGGCCCGACAGGACCAGUCCCGGGAGGCUUCGGCGAUGGCCCUAGCGGCUGGCGGCACCGCUGCCGCCGGCAGUAGUUCUGCAGCCGGCGGCGGCGGCAGCGGCGGCUUGCGACCAUCAUUUUCACCCCUAACGGACGCGCUGGCAGCUUCAGCGGCAGCGGCGGCUUCGGCGGCUUCAGCGGCUGGAGGUGCCGGCAGCGGCGGAGGGCUUGGACAGCGGUCUUCCGAUGUCACCGCCGUCAGCGGCGGUGGCGGUGGUGAACGCUCUCGUCCAUGGAUUGCGCCGCCGGGCUCUCCUCUUGACGCUCUGACGGCGGCGGUGCCGGUGAACCCAUCAUCAGUGCCGCGGGGGCCGGUGGCGGCGGCAGCGCAGCAGCCGCAGUCGCAGCCGCAGCGGCUGCAGCCGUCGGGCGGCAGAGGCAACUCGCCCGAGGGGGGUUCCGGCGGCAGCGGCGGCUUAAAACUGGAUAUUGACGUCCCUGCCAUCACGGGCCAGAUGGAGAGCUGGCAGUUCCAGCUGCUGCUAGCGGUCAUCAAUGAGACGUUGGCGGCACCCUUGCCCAAGGUGGUAAUGCUGACCCGUGGGUCAGGUCGGCAACCGCUGCCCGCAGUGGAGUCCGACCCGCAGGUGGCGGGGACUGCCGACAUGCUCAUAUCACUAAAACAACAGCUCCGCUGCUUGCAGUACGAGUCGCUGACACUGGCCAGCUACCUGACCCAUGGGUCACCUGGCUUCCACGACCCUUACCCCACCUAUUUGAGCAGCCUGCCGGGUCCGCAGCCGCCGGGUCCUCUGACGCCACCUCCCCAGCUGAUGCUGAUGCACCAGCUCUCUCUUUCGCAAACAGAAGCCAUGGCGGCGGCAAUACCGCACGGAAUGCCGUACACUGCUAUGCUGUUCAAGCCGGCGACUAUGGUGGCUCUGCUGGCGCCGCGUCCCGCCGGGCUGAAUGCCGUACAGCUAGCGGCGCUGCUUCGUCGGAAUCAGGAGCUCUUGCUGCACUGGGUUCUGGACCAGGUCUCCGGUGCUCAGGUCAGCGUAGAGAAGGUGGCAUCAGUGGUUGUACGACUGCGUAGUGAGGUGGCGGCGGCGCUGGAGGCCCAGCAGCAUCAGCGCCGCAAGCAAUCCACCUCUGUGGCAGUACGACUUGGACGGUUCGGAUGGGCGCUCAUCAACAAGGAGGGAGCGCCCUUCGUGCAGGCCGAGCUCAAGGGUUUAUCCUUCCACCACUCCCUGGACCGCGACCACACCGGGACCACCAAGAUAGUGAUGCACACGGCGGAUAUGUGGGAGCUGAAUUCACCGGGGGGGACGGCUACGGGGGCGGCGGCGGCGGCGGCGGCGGCUGUAGGCACGGCCGCAGUGCUGACGUCUAAGGGCAGUGGAGCCGCCAAAGGACCUGAGUCAGGAGCGGUGGGUGGCGGUGGUGCCGCUGGUGGCGGUGGAGGCGGUGGCGGCGGCAGCACGUACGCGUCACCAGCCAAGACGGCACGCGGGGGCGGCGGCGGGGGCGGCGGGUGGUUCAGUCGCCGCAGCGCUACGACGCUGCCUGAGACGGCGGCAGCGGCAGCGGCGGCAUCCGCAGUUGCCCUUGGUGUGGGCGGGGUCCUGGCAACGGCAGCGGCGGGAGCGGCGGCAGCUCCGUUGGAUCCGGCGGGGCUUCGGAGCGCGACAGCGAUGAUGAUGACAGAUGCUCGGCAGCAGCACCAGCACGGUGGGGCUCAGACGGCGUCAGCUGACCUUAUCGCUGCCUCAGGUGCAGCCGUUACAGCUGUGGCGGCGUCGCCGCAACGGGGUCAGGCCCCCCCCUGGUCGAGCGUACAUUCCGACGCCUACGGCUCAGGCUUCAGCGGUGCAGUAGGGGCGCCGACACCUUCCGCUGCGGCAUCGGCAGCUGGCAGGGAGCCGGCUUUGGGGUUAGGCACCCAGGGCCGUCACAGCCGUGUAUCGUCCGCCGUCACAGACGAGCACAGCAGCGCUGCUGUCGCCCCCACGGCGGCGGCGGCGGCGGCUGCCAUACCGACCGCGGCUGCGCUGCCGGCGACUGACGGCGCGGCCGUGGCGGCUGCCUUCCCCGCCUCCACGACCGUUGCCGUACG